AAAGAAGAAGAAGCGGGGCUGCCGGCGCGCAUGCGCGGAGGGGCCGGCCCCGGGGAGGCACGUGAAGGUCGCCCGUCUGCCCGCCCGCUCCGUCCAUCCAUUCAGCCGCCCGCGCUCUCCUCCCACUUCCAGCCGGGCCCGGCAUGGACCCGUCGUCCGUCGCGGGGGACUUGGGAGCCGCCGUCAACGACCCGCAGCUGCAGCAUUUCAUCGAGGUGGAGACGCAGAAGCAGCGCUUCCAGCAGCUCGUGCACCAGAUGACAGAGCUGUGCUGGGAGAAAUGCAUGGAUAAGCCUGGCCCCAAGCUGGACAGCCGAGCUGAGACCUGUUUUGUGAACUGUGUCGAGCGCUUCAUUGACACCAGUCAGUUUAUUCUUAACCGGCUGGAGCAGACGCAGAAAUCCAAGUCGCCCUUCUCCGAAAGCCUCUCUGACUGAGCGGAAGGCCUUCAGCGGUGCUGUUUUCUUCAUUUGAAAAAGGAGGACGCUGUUUUGAAUGGAAGAGGAGGAGAAACAACGGAAGGGAGGAUUUUUAACGAUGAUAAGCUGUGAGGGAGCUUGGCCCCCACGUUUGAGAUGGACUUCAGGGCUUCCUGGUCACCUAGUCUCGUUCCGGUGUUUAACAUUCCCACUGGGCGAACAUUAAUAACCAUGCAACAUCCCACACUUGCUAUUUAAUCCCGGACUUCUGCUGUCCUAGAUUUUAAUUAUUUUUUUUGUUUUUUUCUUCCCCUGGAUAAUGGGAGCUUCCUACCAGAACGGUGGCUUGACUAUCUUUACCUAGCGGUAAGGUGAAGAAAGCACACCCCUUGAAACUUGAAAAAAAGGUUAUUUUUGAGAUAAGGGGACUUGGGUGGCCUCAGAUACUAACGCAGCUCCGGGGAAAAGUAGCGGUGCAAACGUGCCUUUAAAACGGUAUCGUGCAUAAGCACGACUCUUUCAAACCACCCAAAGGCCACUUGCUUGAAUUUGCAGCCGAGUCGACCUUUGUAAAAACGCAGGUGGAUCUUGCAAGCUGGACAGAGGAGCACUGGGGGAUUAAUUUGCAAAAGGGUGCCAGUAAGAGACCCAUGAUCUUACAUGAGGUGUUUUUUCCAAACCUACCUCGGCACGGCAGAAAGAAAUGCCCCCGCCCACCCCCGCCAAGACGUGUGGCUGUUCAAAGGAGUUUUCGCUCGCGUGGUCAUGUAUGUCUCUUGCCAAGUGCAAAAAUCAAUCUUGACUUUCUACAUCGAAUUCCUUGCCUCCCGAUCAGUGGAAUAAAACAUCAAUUGGAUGCAUUUUAAACAC